CCCCCGCGAUGCCCCGCCUCCCGGGUCGCAGUAGGUACUCGCGGCAGCGGCUGUGGGCUCCUGACACGGGGGAUUGAGCAAGCGAGAGGGUAAGGAUCAAGGAGGACCCUGGACCUGGGAUCUUUGAGGGUCGAGGCCGAGAACCCCGACACCACACGGGAAUCCGGAGUCUGGUAGGCCCCAACGCCUCCCUUCUUCCUGGAACUAGUCGCUGCCGCUUUCCGACACUGGUCUGGCAAAAGGACACCGUCCUAGAACCCAUGUAGUUCUAAAGGAAGAGCCCAGACUCCGCUCAACAUAAAAAGCUGAUUAGAGAGCAAAGAAGAUUCAGUUGGGUCCUGAUAAUUGACUCCAAGGCAAUGCUGCAGAAGACAGUGCUCUUACUGGCCCUGGUGGCCCAGGUGCUGAUGCUGGAGAAUGGGCUCCUGCGAACGCCACCCAUGGGUUGGCUGGCCUGGGAACGUUUCCGCUGUAACAUCAAUUGUGACCAGGACCCAAAGAACUGCAUCAGCGAACGGCUCUUCAUGGAGAUGGCUGACCGACUAGCCCAGGAUGGAUGGCGGGACCUGGGUUAUGUAUACCUCAACAUCGAUGACUGCUGGAUUGGUGGGCGUGAUGCCAGAGGCCGCCUGAUGCCUGAUCCCAAUCGCUUCCCUCAUGGGAUUGCCUUCCUAGCUGACUAUGCUCAUUCCCUAGGUCUGAAGUUAGGCAUCUAUGAGGACAUGGGCAAAAUGACCUGCAUGGGUUACCCCGGCACCACUCUAGACAAAGUGGAGCUGGACGCGGAAACCUUUGCCGAGUGGAAGGUGGACAUGCUGAAGCUGGAUGGCUGCUUCUCUACUGACAAAGAGCGAGCAGAGGGAUAUCCCAAGAUGGCCGCUGCCCUGAAUGCCACAGGCCGUCCCAUCGCCUUUUCUUGCAGCUGGCCAGCCUAUGAAGGGGGCCUACCCCCCAAGGUGAACUACACGCUGCUUGCCAACAUCUGUAAUCUCUGGCGAAACUAUGACGAUAUCCAGGACUCCUGGAAGAGUGUGCUCUCCAUUGUGGACUGGUUUGUGAAACACCAGGACAUCCUGCAGCCAGUGGCGGGUCCUGGACACUGGAACGACCCAGACAUGCUGCUCAUCGGAAAUUUUGGCCUCAGCUUUGAGGAGUCCAAGGCCCAAAUGGCCCUGUGGACAAUACUGGCAGCCCCACUCUUCAUGUCCACGGACCUUCGUACCAUCUCCCCCCAGAACAUAGACAUUCUUCAGAAUCCACUCAUGAUCAAAAUCAAUCAGGAUCGCUUAGGCAUCGCGGGACGCAGGAUCUUCAAGAGUAAAUCCCAAAUCGAGGUGUUUAAACGGCGUCUGUCUAAUGAGGCAAGUGCUCUGGUCUUCUUCAGCCGCAGGACAGACAUGCCUUACCACUUCCAUUCCUCCCUCUUGGAACUGAAGUUCCCUAGAUCCAGAGUGUAUGAGGGCCAGAAUGUCUUCACAGGGGAUGUCAUCAGCGGCCUCAAGAGUGAAACCAACUUCACCGUGAUCAUCAAUCCUUCAGGGGUUGUGAUGUGGUACCUAUAUCCUAUCAAGAGCCUGAGGCUCUCCACACACUGAUGUCCCAGUGGUGAGGACCCAAGAAUGACAGGCUAUGGCAGCCCCACUGAGCCUGGACCACGGAGCCUUGGCAUGCCAAGGACAUGGCAGGGUUCUGUCCUUCCCAGGCUGCUCGGCGAUGUGACCCCAUCAUACCCAAAGUGCAUUUGCAGGGCCAGUUUCCAUGCCCCGCUGGAGCAGGGUCCCUCUUGGAAACUAAUCUUGGCAGUUUGCUGUGCUCUUCCGGCCUCUGCCUCCACAGCUCUGCAGAAACUGCUGAAGAAUUUGGCCAGCCUCCUGAGCCCCCACAGGCAGGGCACCGGUGCCCAUUGGACUCUAGCCUCUGACUUUGCUGACUCAGUAAUCAGGAUUUGGAAUUCUUUUGAAUUAAGAGUAGAGCUGUGACUCCGUGCCAGGAGCUCUCACAAAUCAUGUGAUUGGCCUUCCUACUGGAGAAGGCCUUUGCAGUUGACACCCUGGGAAAUGAGGGAUGGAUUGGAGACCUUAGCUCCCUUAGGUCACCAAUAAAGCUGUUUUUUAACUGUUCACUAA